AUGGAAUCUGAGGAUCACGAAUAUUUCUGUUCAAAGAAUAAUGGACCACGUCAAUCUCAAAACCACGAUAGAAAUCGCAAUGCAGAUCAUCAGUUAGCCCAUAUGAAGGACAAGUCAGGAGUGAUGAAAACAUAUCAUGUAUGGACUGGAGAAAAUCAAUUUACUAAUAGAUAUUGGGAGAAAAUGGAUAGAACUGUUAUGAACAAAGACUUGAAUCCAUUUGUGGUUUACUCAAUGAAUAAGAGGAAGAAUUGGGAAAUCGAAGAAAUGGAUUCAAUCGAAUUGAUGAGACAGAUUCAAGAAUUGCACAGAGAACAAGAUGUCAUGUUAUUGGAAAGAGUUUCUAUGAGAGUUUAUGGUUGGCCAAAUCUAUUCCGCUACGAUUUUUUCUGGGAUGACUAUAAAAUACAUACAUUGCAUGAAUUAGACUCUUAUGUUUCUGGAAAACCAGCUUACAAAAAGACUGUGGUGAACUCAGGACGUGGACAUCAUCCACACAGUUUCUUAUCUUGGAAUCGCACAUCUGAUAAGGAAGAGUCGGAAAGAAUAAGAAAUGAGAAGCUUGAGAAUAUUGAAAGAGAGAAGAGAACUGUUGUGGCUUAUCACUUGAUAAAGUCCCCAAAUAACUACAUGGAUAUCUUCAAGAAGGAGUUUGAAAGAGACAAUACUCACUCAUCAAGAUGGGCUCCACCAACUUAUUGGGAGAGAAAGAGGAAGCAAUACUCGAAUGAAUUAGAUGUAAGAUACGAUGAUUUAUCCGAAGAUGAAGUCGAAGAAGUGGAAUUGAACCAAGAAAAUGAGGGAAAUAUGGCCUCCAAGUGUUACAACUUGGAAGAUCAUUUCGUUGAGAAUUUCGUUCACGUGAAGAGGAAGAAGAACAAGAAGAAGAACGACAAUUCUGGAGUAUAA